GCCAUUAAACCUGCUGAAGAAAGAAGAAAGAAGAAACCGGAAGUCUAAGAAGAACGACGGUCCCUUGACAACAAACCCGAAGAUCCGAAAACACUCACAUAACAACAGGUCAACAUUCGUCAUGCGGGUCACUUCGGGGCCGUGAAAAAUCAGACGUGAGCAACAAGUCCCAAUUGAGCGCUGAAGAGUUGACUGCUUUGCGUUGCCCCUAAAAAGCCCUCUACUUGGAGGGCUCCCAGGGAGCUUACUCCUGAUUGGCCAGCAGGCCGCCCAGCUAGCGUUGACGCAGACACUCUCUCGCUCCCAAGCCGCAACCUCUACAGCCAACUCCCAACACACCUGCUCCCUAUAUACCUACAACACCCCCCUCCCCAACUGCUGUGGCCAUCAAUCUCCUAAACCUUCCUAAGAUUGCAAACACAAUGUCCAAUCCUCUGUACAACCCCUACGCCUCUCAGAACCAAAGUUCUACCCAGGGGCAGUAUGGACCUCCCCUUACGCAGGCAGAGAGAGACCCUCGGAGGACAUAUUCUCGUCUUGGACCUGGGUCCAGCUUCAGUCCUUCCGAAGCUUCCUCUACAAUUUCUGCCAACUCUGGGGGAGUUCACUCAUCGCUGAUGUCUCAGUCAAUGGGCUACAGGCCUGAACAGAGUAGGUCCACAAUGGACGAGGACAUAGAGAGGUCCAUAGAUAUUCAGAUUAGCAGAGCCAGAGAGGAGGUGAGGGUUCUCGGCAAGAACCGAUUACUCCAAGUCCCCUCGGCCUCUCCUAGGACGCAGACACUCAACGUUGAAAGUGGCAGUAGCAUCCUGGACUGGUCAUCAAACUACAAAAAGGGCCACCUGCUGAUGAGAAGACGAGAACAUGAAUCAGGCAGUCUACUUCCGGGGUUACUGGUAUCUAUGACUUAUCCAGUGCGGACAAACCUGCAGCCCCCCACAGGAGGUCGCAGUCGACCCAAAAUCCGCAUUCAGAAGGAGGCAAGAGAGGGCUAUCACAGCAGGCUCAGCCAAAACGCCGUACCCCGACCCCCAACCCACCAGAACAGCGGUUGGACCUGGACGAAAGACCAUUGGCCGCGCUGCUCUAUCCGCAUUGAAUAUUCCUCACCGCUGAGAGCCCCUCGUUCCAUUGUUCAUCCUCCAGCUCUGCACCAGGCAAUCCCGAGCCUGAUAGGCUUCAAGAACAUGAUACUGUCGACUACCAACAGGCAGCCUCCUGCAAAGUUGGCAGCCGCCAGUCGUCUGCCAACGCCAGCCAUGAUGCAUGACUAUGCAGCAGCCUCACCGAGAAUCUUUCCACAUACCUGUUCUCUAUGUAACCAACCAUGUACUCAUAUGAAGGAUUGGAUCUCCCACCAGAACACCACCCUUCACCUUGAGAACUGCAAAGUUCUGCGAAAACAAUAUCCAGAGUGGGAUGGUGAGAUAGCACCCGGGCCCAGGGCUGCAGACAAAGAUGCCAAGCCUGCUGCCUCAACCUCUGCACAGACUUCCCAGCAUCGUUACCAGGCAACCAGUCAUGGAAGUCGCUCCCGUUCCCACUCGUCCAGCCCCCGUCGCCUCAGGGGUUCGGGGGGUAGAAGGGAGCACAGAAAACGAUCACAAUCACCUCACACUUCCAGAUAUACUCGGAGGUCCCGAUCUCGGUCUCCCUCCCCAUGGUAUGACCGCCCGAACUCCUCCCGCUAUCGGAAGAGGAGAGACGAGUGGUCCUCACCAAGGAGGAGUGACGAGAGACGGUCUUCUCCGAGACGGAGUCGUGAGAGACAGUCGCCAGCGAGGAGGAGUGGUGAGAGACGAUCAUCUCCGAGAGGGAGCCGGGAGAGGCGAUCGUCCACAGAAGAGGCAUCCCCUCAACAAAAGAAGACGAGCAAUGCAGAGAGACUGGCCAAGAAGCUCCUGGAAACAACAGCUGUCCAGUCUCUGUCAAAACAGUCAGAUUUGGAGGUGGUGGUUAAAACUCUGGCUCCUGCCUUACUGGCCGAGCUAAGCAAGAUGAAAUCCUCUUCAUCAUCAUCAUCACCCUCCUCCUCCGCUUCUAAAGGAGGAAAACCCUCCUCAUCUCCUUCUGCAGAAGGAAAGAAAUUCUCUUCUGCUGCCUCUUGCUCAUCAUUCCCUUUUACUUUAAAGAAGGAGUUAACAACAAAGCCCUCAAAAGCCAAGCCUAUCAUGGAGAAGAGUGAGGCAAGUUCUUCCACAAAGAUUAAGUCUGGUAAAACUUCACCUCCAACCAUGGUGAAACUACAAGGGAUUUAUAGUUACGUCUCUCACAAUGAUAUUGUUGCUGCUGUGGAGCAAUUUGGAAAAACCAAGUCAGUUGUUCUGUUUCGGGCCAGACUGGAGGCUAUCGUGUGUUUCGAGAAGGAGGAAGACGCCAAGAAAUUGAAGAGCCUUAAGAGCCUUGAUGUGAAUGGAACAAAAAUUGCAGUUGUCAGAGAAGAGGAGACUGGCUCUAAGCCGGAGACAGGGGGGUCUGCAUGCAAACCCAGUGAUAGCCAACCACUAACCAGUACAGUUGGAGAUCCCAGCCAACACAAAACGCCUGUCAAAGCUUUACUACACGGCCAGCAAAGAACCCUGUCAGGAGCAGAGUUUGCUGCACAAGGGCCAGAGACCAAGACAGAUGCUUCACAUGUGCAACAGCAGGCUGCCAGAAGCCCAACUGAAGCUGUUGUGGAGGCCAAGCUGCCAGCUGGAGGGGUGGAGUCAAAAACAAUGCAAAAAGAUAUUGUGACUGCAGUGAAGACACAAACAGAUGCAGCAUCAGCCGAGGAUGCAUCUGUCACAACUAAACCAACAGCUGCAGCAGUGAGCGAGCAGCAACCAGCAGCAUCCACGUCGUCCUCGACUGCAGUUACCACUCUGACUAUUGGAGAGAUGGCGGAAAAGUACCUUGAUCCAAAGAGAAUAGCGUGCCUUAAGUGGAAAACCUGCUUCUCACCAAGAUUUUUUAGACCUGGUAAGAAACAGUUGCUCAUAACCAAACUGCCGAGAUAUUACGAUGGCUGCUACACAGAGGAUGACAUUGCCAAACUGCUCAUGCCAUUUGGGUUUCAACAUGAAGAUGAGAGCCUCUAUGUUGUUCCUCAGGCAUGCAUGGCCUUCGUCCGGGUGCCGACACCGGAGGCUGUCCAUGAAAUACUGAGAUUCUCCAAAAAGCGCACUGGUUUCAAAAGGUCCAUACUCGGAUUUUAUGUAGUGGAAAACGGCAUUACAAUGAAACCGUUUGGAUUUUAUAAAUCAUUGAUGAGGGUGAUGCAGUCUCCUGUGAUUGAUGACGGAUCGAGAACAAUCUUCAUCAAGAACAUCUCACAGACUGAGACCAGGAACCUCAGAGAAGCAGUGAAAAAAAUCGGUUUUGUCAGGAACUUCCUGCCUCUCCUCAACAAGUUAUUUAUAGAAUUUGAGUCUGUUCGCGAUGCUGAUCGGCUCGGAGUUUGGUACAGCCUGCUGAAACAAGACUCUGGACAUGUAGUUCAGAGGCUGAACACACCAAGCAGCAGCUCUGUAUCACUACCACCUAAACUUCCUGAGAACGCUAUGCCGGACAGCAAGGAUGCUGUUGCUGAGGCAACUGUCCCGCCAGUCCAAUUUGGCGUUCCACAUGGCAGCAUUGCUCCAUUUUGGGUCACGAUGAGAACUCGUCCCUUCCUCUUCCCGACCAUGUCUCCUUGGUUCAUCAUCCCAGAUCACCUGACCGUCAGAGGGAAGGACGACAUUGAGGAGGCGAGACUUAAGGGUUCCAGGCCCACAGUCAUGUUGACCGGUUUACCAGUGGGAAAAUACACGCAUGAGGACGUGGCCAAGCUGGUCUGGCGGUAUUUCCCCAAAAAUAACCUUCAGUCCUUGUACUACAACGUCAUUGUCUUAACGCUGCAGAGGAGGGCUUUUGUGCAUUUCGACAAUUGGACUACGUCCUGCGAUUUUGUCCGAGCUAACGUGAAAAAGAAUUUCAAAGACUGUAAACUUGGUGUCCACUUUGUCUUGCAAGACAUGAAUCCUGAAUCCAGUGAGGAGAUGAUGUACAAAAAUCUGAUGAAGUGGAGCAACGCUGGAGUUCCAGAGCCAAAGUCUCUGGAGGAGCGGUUGCUGUGUGUGGAGAUUUCUGAGACGUCUGUGGACAUCGUCAGGAUGGUCAUGGAAGUGGUGUCGUCCAUCGCGUCCUUUGUCGGCUUCCUGCCGCUCGCCAACAGGAUCUGCAUUGAGAUGGCUGAUUCCAGCGGUGUAACAAAGGUGGUGGAGAAAUACAAAACCUUCUCACCAGAAUCUUUACAAAAGCGCGAACUUUGGAGUAGAGUUCAGCGUUUCGAGACUUUGAAGAGCCUAAAACAGCGUCUAGAUGAUGCCAGUGAGAUUACAAUAAACUUUGAAGAUGACACCAUCAAUGUCGUGCCUGAGCCCCCAGCUGUGAAAUGUCAAACCCAGCCUCCUUCUACUGAACCUUCGGAUAAUGGGUCACAACCUGCUCUGCAAGCCAGUGGUCCUUGUGGGUCCAACAUAUCUGAGCCCAUCACAGACAUUUCUACAGCCACAAAUGAUGUAGAAAUGGAGGAAGAUGGUGAGAAACCAGCAACUGAGCUUGCCAUAAACUCCACAGUUGGUCCAGAGGCAAAUAAAGAUGUAGAGGAAGCAGAAGUAAAGGAAGAAGAGGGCUCAUUAAUAGUUUCUAUUUCUCUUGCUGAUGUAACCUGUGAAGUCGCCAGUGGCCCUGGUGGAUCCACCAAUUCUGAACCAUUCACAGAAGGAUCAAGUGCUAUCACCACCAACAAUGUAGCAAUGGAGGAGGAUGGUGAGAAACCAGCAACUGAGAUCGCCAUCCACUCCACUGUUGCUCCCGAGGCAAAUGAAGAUGUAGAGAAAGAAGAAGUAAAGGAGGAAGAGGGCUCAUUAAUAGUUUCUAUUUCUCUUGCUGAUGUGACCUUAAACUCUGCAGUCGGCAGUGGUCCUGGAGGAUCCACCAAUUCUGAGCCAAUCACAGAAGGACCAAGUGCUACCGCCACCAAUAAUGUAGCAAUGGAGGAGGACGGUGAGAAACCAGCAACUGAGAUCGCCAUCCACUCCACUGUUGGUCCCAAGGCAAAUGAAGAUGUAGAGAAAGUAGAAGUAAAGGAGGACGAGGGGUCACUAAUACCUUCCAUUGCUCCUGCUGAUGUGACCUCGACCUCUGCAGCUGCCAGUGGAAACACAGUCCCUGCUGCUCCCAGCUCUGUCCCAUCAGCCACAGCUGCCAUGCCUGAAGAAACCAUUGUAGAACUUCCACAGAUUAGCACGGACAUUUUCAAGGUUCUCAUGGCGGCGGUUCACCAGCGCAGAUUUGCCCGAGAGAGCAAGUCCCAGAGCCAGGAGAGGUCCCAGAGCCAGGAGAGGUCCCAGAGCCAGGAGGGGUCCCAGAGCCAGGAGAGGUCCAAGAGCCAGGAGGGGUCCAAGAGCCAGAAGGGGUCCCAGAGCCACGAGAGGUCCAAGAGCCAGGAGAAGGAGUGUCCCAGCAAAAACAACACAAGUUCUGUAACUGUAAUGGCUGAAGACAGGCCUCGAUGGUAUAAAAACAGGCCUCGAUGGCAUGAAAUGGUUCAGGAUGAUUUUACAGAUGACACUUUAUCUCCACAUGCCUAUCUUUUUGAUGAUCCAACUUUCAACAUGGAGGACUUUGUCACUGUUGAUGAAGUUGGUGAUGACGUAGAGGACACAAGCCUCGAGCCUCGUAGCUCUUCCUCGUCCUCCUCCAGAGCAAGAAGAAAGAGGCAAAGGUCAUCCGGUAACAGGCAGACCCCAAAAAGAUAUUCGAAACAUUCUAAGGGCUCAGCUUCGUCCUCAUCCUCCUCAAAGUUGAAUAGAGGUUCAAGCUCUUCUAAUUCAAACUCUGUGUCACGAAAAAAGUCCACGGACUUAUCUGAGCCCUCCAAAUCUCCUACCAAACCCUCGUCCUUUGCCAGUGCCAGUGUCAGUAAGCCCUCCUCCUUUUCUUCUACACUGUCUGUUAAAAUCCCUUCCUCUUCUGGUCAGAAAGCACAACAGAGCAAGACAAAAUCUCCAUCCAAACCAUCAAAUUCUCCAUCCUCCAGUUGUAGUACUCGCUCGUCCUACGCUGCGCAUGAAAGGGAAACGAUAACAUCAGCAGUAACUGUCAAAGCAUCAAUAGAGACUAAUCCAGAGCCAUUUAGAAAAGAAGCAAAAGCCACAGAGUGUGCAGUGGCGAUGUUUGACCACAAAGUGUCAGCAGAGGGCAUUGCUGCAAAAACAGAGACAAAAAUAGAAACAUCAGAGAUGCGUCCACCUCCACAGGGACAAGGGUUUGAGUUGAGUCAAGCCCAGAGUCUGAGUGUGUUGACAUUAACAUCAAUCUCCAAAGACCAGAAGACAAGCAAAGAAGAAGAUGAUGAUGUUGACAAACAUACAGAGGAGGAGGAUGGUGAAAACUAUCAAAUCCUUGAUUCACUCAAUGAUCAAAUGGAUGAACAGAUGAAUGACUUUGACAGCGUCAACGAUAAAGGCAAAGCCCGCCCAGAGGAGUUGGUUGGUUCUUUUGAAGACAGUGUUACCAAAGAACAAGCAGCUACAAGUCAGGAUGACAGUCGCCUGGUCCAAGAUGGCAGUUCCACAGUGAAACCACUGUCUGAGGAAGAUGUAGUUCCAGUAGUCGACAAAUCUGAUGAUGCAGUUAAAGAUCAGGAGAUAAAUAACAAAGACAAUUUCCAAGUGUUGGAUACAGGUAGGAAACAAGCUUCAAUGGGCAACGAUGAUGGGAAGACAAAAGAAAAAGAAGAGAAGGACAAAGAGAAAAUGCUUCCAGCAGAAUCCUGCAAAGAUCCUGAUGACCAAAUCCCAAAUGAAGACGAGACUCUUCAAGACCGUGACGAUGAUUGUACUGAACAAGAAACCUUUGAGAUAUUGGAUUCAAUUGAUGACCAGACUGAAACAGAGGAGGGUAUCCCAAAACGUAGGUCCAUAGAGAAAGAGGAAUGUACAUAUCAGGUAAUUGAUUCCUUGGAAGAUCAGCCAAUGACCACAGAGUCAGAGACGGACAACGUGGAAAGAAGGGCCAUGAAACGGGGGGCGACUACUCAAAAAGAUGAUGGACUAUCGAAGAAACAGGACAGGACGGUUAGAAAGUAUGAGACACGGACGAAGAGGGACACUACUGCAGGAGUUUCUAAAAAAGACAAAGAGACCACUGAGGAGAUGGUGUUUGAGAUAGUGGAUUCUGUUAAUGAUGAACCGGUUCAAGAGGCUGCCACCACAGAAACUUCUGGUAGAAGAAGGAGUGCAAGAGGAAAAAAAGAGGAUAGAAUUACAUUGAAUCUCACAGAAGCGUCUGAAAAACCUUUCAGGGACGAAGAGGAUACAUAUGAGAUUUUAGAUUCUGUGGAGGACAAGACUGCACAUAAUGAACCAACCGUAACAACAAGAUCUACUAGAGGAAAAUUGGAAAGAACAGUUAACAAAGAUACUUUGAAAGAAAAAACUCCAACAAGAAGGAGGCACACUCCUGCCAGAGAGUCACAGGAACUAAACAAGGAAACAACACCAAAGAAAGAUGAGAAAGCCCUUCCGAAAGAGAGCUCACCAACAAAAAAGAGUGACAUUGUAAAAGAGGUAAGUGAGGAGGAUGCUACCUUUGAAAUACUGGACUCUGUGGAGGCCGAGGUUGUCAAGGUUGAUCGGCCCGCUGGACGACACAAUGGUAAAAGGGGAAGACCAAGGAAAGCAGUUAAAACAACUAAAAAAGACAAUCUAACACUGAAGAAAGUUGCAUCUGAAAAAAUGGCUGAUGAAGAAGAAGUGGAGACAUAUCAGAUUCUCGAUUCUGUGGAGGACAGCGGAUCUCUCGCAGGAUCAGCCAAGAAUGAGGAGGAGGAAGAGCCUGUGUAUCAGAUCGUAGAUUCUCUGGAAGACGAUCAAGAAGAGCUGACACCCACAGAGGUUUCUGACAAUGGAAGGAAGGAACAUGAAACACCAACGUGUGAUAGCACAACUGUGGAAACGUCUGAAAAAGUGGUCGUCAAGAAGAUGGUUGAUGGUUUCCAGGAGACACAAGAUGGUUCAUCUGCUGCCGGAGGAUCUGGUACGAGAAUAGAUAACCCUAACCUGGACCAGGUGAGCGAGGAGGAGGAGGAUUACCCUGACGACACAGCAGAGGAGGAAGAACUAAGAAAGAGGCAAGCUGCCACAAAAGAGAGGCAGUUAGCCAAGGAGCGAGAAGCAAAGAGGACAAGGGAAAAUGAGGAGAGGAGAACCAGGGAGCAAAGGAGUCGGAGCAGCAGAGGACGAGGAACGAGCAGUCCCGCACGCAAGAGCGAAGCUGAGAAAACAUCAAGAUCUGCUAAACGCAAACACGAUGACGACACAGAGGAAACUAUGAACUUUGUGACGGUUGAUGAGGUGGGAGAGGUAGAAGAGGAAAAGGAAGUAACAACCAGGACAAGAGGCAGAGCCAAGAAAAAAACCAGACAAACCCCCGUAAGAAAAUCUACCAGAGGGAAAAAAGUGAGCGCCACAGACGAGAGAGAAUCUGACGUACUGCCUCCCACUUCACUCGACGCCUCCUCAUCAUUGGACAAAGAUCCGUCUACGUUGUCGAGCUGCGACCAGCCGAAGGUCCAGAAGACUGAGACUGAGGAGGAAGCAGUGAGCCAAGCCCACACUGAUGCUGCCUCUGCUGAGAACCAAACACUAGAGGGAGGUGUGGAGGAAGAGGAGGAGAGCAGGGCUGACAUUAAAGUUGUGAGUAAACAGAGGAGGGAACUUGUCGGACCCGAAGCAAAGAGAUCUCGUUCUCAGUCUCCUUCUGUCGCUGCUGACCUCAAACUGCCGGCAUUCAAACCCAACAACCCCCUCGGUGAGGAGUUCAUGGUCCCUUUAUCUGGGUUCUUCUGCAACCUCUGCUCUGUUUUCUAUGAGAGCACCGCCAAGGACGUCCACUGCAGCAGCCAGAUGCACUACGACAACCUCCAGAGACAUUAUCAGAAGCUUCAACAGAAACCAUCAACGAGUUCAACGUGAAGUUCUGAAGGGAGUUUUAUUUAUUCUUAUUGUUAAAAAGUAAAGCUGGGUGGGUGAAACAUCUGCAGCUUUACAGUUGGGGUGCCUUUCUCCCGCCACAGUUGCGCUGCAUCAUUCAUGUUCUGGAGGAAACACGAGCCGAGUUUUACUACAAAGUCAGUAACGGUUACAUAUUAGAGUUUAUAGCUUUAAAAAACGUUAGCUACAAGACCUCUUUUAGUAGUUUGAAUCACCACAAACAGGAAGAGUAGUAGGAGGGUCAACUGGAGAGACAAUAGCAUCGGACCUUUUAACAAACAAAUUAACAAAUAUUUUUAUCAUGUUUUUUACGUCGUUUUUGUUUAUUUCAGGUCUUUUAAUGUCGUCAUCUUGCGUCCCCUUUCUCUGCUCUUGGUUCAGUCAGUCCGUCCAGGACGUUUCGAUCGCAACAUUUCCAUUUCUCAACUACUAGCGAUUAUUUUAUAUUUUUAGAGACUAUUUUAUUCUAAGUUGCCUUAAAUUUUUUAUAGAAAAGCUGCUUGUCAUUUUAUGUAUCUUAACAAUUAGGUUCUUGAUGCAGCACCUUUUGAACGUAUUAACUUGUUUUUAAAAGUGUAGAAAUCAAACUGAGAAUUUAAUCUUGUACAUGAUGUAAAAAGGUCCGACAAGCGUGGACCACUGUAACGUUAUAAUGUGAGAGCGAACAAACACUUUUAUUGUUCAUAAACAAUAAUUCCCUGAAAAUGAAUUCUGUAAUGUUUCACUGUGACAGUUUGGGAUGUUUUUCUUUAUUUUUCUGAAUUUGCAAGUUAGUCCGUUUUUUUUGUACCAAAUGUUAAUUUGUUAAUUAAUUUGUAUUUAAGCUGUUUCUGUUGUACAGUUUGUUCAGUUUCUAUAAAACUAAAUAAAAGCUGAGUGUCUCACGUG